UCAAACUAGACUUACUACAAAAGCUACAGUGGUCCAAACAGUAUGAUAUUGGCACAAAAACAGACAAAGAUCAAUGGAACAGGGGAGUCCAAAAAUAAACCCAUGCACUCACGGUCAGUUCAUGUACAACAAAGGAGGCAAGAAUAUACAAUGGAAAAAAGACAGUCUGUUCAAUAAGUGGUGCUCGGAAAACUGGACAGCUACAUGUAAAAGAAUGAAAGUAGAACAUUCUCUAACACUAUAUACAAAAACUCAAGAUAGAUGAAAGACCUAAAGUAAGACUGGAUACUAUAAAACUCCUAGAGAAAAACACAUGCAGAAGACUCCUUGACAUAAAUCACAGCAAUAUUUUAUUAGAUUCAUCUCCUAAAGGAAAUUAAAUGGGACCUAGUUAAAAGCUUUUACGUUGCAAAGGAAACCACUGACAAAACGAAAACCUAAUGAAUGGGAGAAAAUAUUUGCAAAUGAUAUGACUGAUAAGGGGUUAAUAGCCAACAUAUACAACUCAGCAUCAGAAAAACAACUAAGGAAUUCCCUCGUGGUCCACUGGCUAGGACUUGGUGCUUUCACUGCCGUGGCCCAGGUUCAACCCCUGGUCAGAGAACUAAGAUCCCACAAGCUACGUGGUGUGGCCAAAAAACAUCCCUGGAAAACAACCCAAUUAAAAAGUGGGCAGAAGCACCUGUGCACAUGGCGCUGCAAGCGGUGCGGAGCGUGCGGGCGGCGGUCGGCAGCCUGCGCGCCAUCUCGGCACCCAGCGCGCCCUGCUCGCCGCGGCCACGGGGACUGCGGGCGGGUGCCGUCUGGGCACUGCGCACCGGCCCUGCUCUGCUGUCGGUGCGGAAAUUCACAGAAAAACACGAAUGGGUAACAACAGAAAACGGUGUUGGAACAGUGGGAAUCAGCAAUUUUGCACAGGAAGCUUUGGUAGAUGUUGUUUACUGUAGUCUGCCUGAAGUUGGGACAAAGUUGAACAAACAAGAGGAGUUUGGUGCUUUGGAAAGUGUGAAAGCUGCUAGUGAACUCUAUUCCCCUCUAUCAGGAGAAGUAACUGAAAUUAAUACAGCCCUAGCAGAAAAUCCAGGACUUGUCAACAAGUCUUGUUAUGAAGAUGGUUGGCUGAUCAAGAUGACAUUCAGUAACCCUUCAGAACUAGAUGAACUAAUGAGUGAAGAAGCAUAUGAAAAAUACAUAAAAUCUACUGAGGAAUGAAAAUGGAAUCCCUAAAUAAACUACUUUGAAACAACUUAAUCUAGCAUAGUUGUCUUAAAUUAGUGGUGGAUAGAUAUUUAAAAAGCAACUUUUAGCAAAAGAAACUACUUGUAACAAUGUUUCCUGAAGAAAAUACCCCUUAACUUUCUAAUGCCUUCAGAUAAACACUGUGUAUCUUUUCCACAGCAUCCUGUGAUUUUUAGGCUAGGCUCCAGUUACAAUAUUCAGAAUUCCUGAAAUUAUCUCUGAUAAAACUAAUUAUAAAAAUUAUGUAAUUCAACGAUAACAUGGUUAUCUUAUACCUUAUAUGACAUUGUAACUUGCUUACAGCUAUCCUUGGAUUUGGGUCAAAAUGAUCUUCCCACUAGAAAUAACUGCCAGUGGAGAAAAGUUUGUUAGUUGUAUAGUGUGCAGUGAAGAAUAUUACUGUCUUAAUUUUGCAAUAUACUGUGUUUGCUGGUGCUAUUUUUAUACAGUGAAGCAACAGCCUUGCAGGAGAAUAAACAAUUUAAUAAUAAAAUAUUCAACUUCUUAAAAAAAAAAAAAAAAGUGGGCAGAAGAACUGAAUGGACAUUUUUCCAAAGGGGAACUGCACGUGUCCAACAGGGACAUGAAAAGAUGCUGAACAUCACUAAUGAUCAGAGAAAUGUAAACCAAAACCACAAUCAUCUAUCACCUCAUACCUGUCAGAAUGGCUAUCAUCAAAAAGAACACAAAUAAUAAAUGGUGGUAAGAAUGUGGA